AAACGGUUGACUGCGCGAAGGCUCACGUAUACGCCGUCGGGCAGCCUCAUUCCUGCGCACGCAGCACCGACAUGGACCGCCAGGCCGCCGCCGACUUCUGGCAGCGGCCGCCGCCGCCGCCCGAACCGACGCAUUCGCGCAUCUAUGGCGGCCGAUCAGCAGGGCUGCCGGGCACGAACUCCUACUGGGACAACGAGGCGCAGCGCGAUCUAACACCACCUCCACAAAAGCUCUACCACUCGGAGACCGAACAAUUCCUGCGCUGCGUCGAGGCCGUCGUUUCAGCAUCGGACGCCGAAACGGCAACCUUAUGCAGCUCAUUACCUGACGGGGCGGCAUCCAGAGACGUCUGGCAGCCUGUUGGCGACAUGAGCCACGACGCAACAAAAGCAUGGUACAAUGAACGCCCCUUGCAGAACGCGCCGCAAUUACCGAGAGACGCGACGACGCGUUUGGGAAUCAGUCACGCGCGGCGCAAAGGCCUGGCGGUCGUGCCAUGUGGUGGAGGCGAGUACCGCCUACCAUGUACAGCGACGCCCGAGCUCUCGCGGUUACUGGCGACGCCGCAGAACUCUCUCCUCCACAUCGCGGCGUGCCGCGGGUUGGUGGCGACGGUCUCCACCUUACUUUCCAAGGGCGCGGCGCCGGAUUCAAGAAAUGCGGCCGGCGAGACGCCGCGCGACGUGGCACAUGCGGCCGCUGCUAAACGGACGGCGUCGUCGAACGCUUUGAGUAUCGUGGAAAAAUUAAUGAAGGCGGCGACGCCGAAGAAAGUAGAAGGGCGCGCGCGGCCGACGUGGACCGACGCGUGGUUCGCGGUCCGCGACGCGCCCGACGAGGAAGCUCGAGCCGUGUUGGUCGAGUGCCUCGGAAUGGACGGUAAUUUGGAGAGGGGCUACGCGGCGGAGACGGUGCGGCCGGCGUUAUCGGUGGAGGACAAGCGGAACAUGAAGCUCAUGCAGGACCGCGCGACGGCCACAACGAGGGCGCGGCACCUCGCCGCGCGCCUCGCCAAAAGGUUGGAGGAGCCUGAUAGGGACGCUAUUCAAUUGAAAGCUGCGCUCAAACUCCAGCGCGCUUAUAGGGCAAGGCACCGUCUCAAAAACGACGCCGCGGCGUCACAAAGAGCCCGGUCCCACUGGGCGACGGCGGCGCGGAAGAGCAAGGCCCUGACGGGCGACGCCGCGGCGCGUAAAAUGAGAGACGGGAGAGAAGCGCUUGUGAAUCGAAGGCGCCUCGGCCAAAGGGAAUGGUACGACUUCUGCGGCGCGACGGUCGGGUUCACGCUGGCGCACCUCGCGGCAGCUAGGGACAAGCCGUUAUGUUUGGCGUUGUUGGUGAAGGCCGGGGCCGAUCCCGACGGCCCGGCCAUCGCGGCAAUUCAAAAACGCGACGAGGUCACGCCGCGGACGCUCGCGCGGGACGCAAAUUCAAGGCGCUGCCUCGCUGUUUUAGGUGAAAGCUUAGAUGUGCCUCCCCCGCCGCCGCACCCGAACCGGUGCCCCCAUUUGGGGGGAGCGACGAUGCGUUCUGUAUUAGGACCGCCGCCCCAGUUUAGGAAAGCGGCGCCGAGGGAUGUGUGGUACCGGACCUUCGACGACGUGCGGGACUCUCCGGACGAACAGGCGGCCCAAGCCAUUGAAGCUUUUGCGAAGAAUGCAUCGGGCCGCUGGGGCCUCGACGCGCGGCGCUUGGACGGCUACGGGCCCGACGCGGCUCGUACGUUGGCGCACGCCGCCGCAGCUAGAGGCAAAGUUCGAACAAUCGCCGCGCUGCGCGACGCCGGCGCGAAUCUUGAGCUGCGGGACGUUAAUGGAUUCACGUGCUUCGAUUUGCUGGCGCGCGCGGCCGCGACAACCGCGGACUUCCACAGCGUCGCGGCCGCCGUCGGCAUCCAAAUACCGGAGGUGGCGCCGCCGCCUCAAAAGCGCGACCCGCGGCUCGCCAAGGACCGGUGCUGGCAGGCGUUGGUGGAUGCGCUGCGCGACCCCGAGCGGAAGGAGGCCGCGUGCCUGCCUUUGGCUCAUGCUCUCGCGGGCUACGGCGGCGCGGACGCCUUCGGCCGGACGGCGUGGCACCGCCCGCACGGCGACUCGCGCACGGUGGUAGCUCUGGCCUCGGGGCGCGGGUUCCGGAAGGUCAUGGGCAUGCUUGGGCGGACUGGCGUCGCAGCCCGCGACACUGGGGAGCUCGGCGUGCCAGGCGCGGGGGGGCUCGUGGCGGCGCGAUAAGGUUUCGUUUUUGUACUAGUGCGUGAAUGGACCGCCGUUGUAGACACCCUCUGCGGAUAUUAUUUAUACGAGGCUAUGAAAAAUGUACUAGUAGGCGAGCGCUGAGACGCGCGCCACAAGA